AUGCGCGUGCCAUCUGAGACAGACAUAUCGGCAACUACCGACAUUCAACCAGCACCAAUCACAGUGGUGCGCCACGUGGGAAGUCUAAUCACCGAGCCCGUAACUUCCGGGGAAAACGAUUCGCUUCGGGGAAAUAUGACCGAGAUGGGCUUGGAUUCGGAUAACUUCGUCAGCGUUUUCCAGCACGGCUUUGACCAGAUAACAUCAUGGUAUCCAUUUCCGCACGGAACCUCGACGGAUCUCAAGGAGAACCAGCCUCUGCUCUUCGCCAUGUGUCUGCUAGCAGGUAUUCGAGCAACUGCCGGUUUAAACCGCACUAACUUGCACAUAACCCUUCAUUCAUUGGUCAAGACACAUCUGGGUAUGAAGACUCUAGAUACGCCAAUUGAUAUCUCCACUAUACACGCCAUGCUUAUCUUUAGUGCCUGGAGUUUCGGGCCUCUCGUGCCGGGUGGUAGGUAUAUUGAUAGCUGGCUGAUGAGCAGCACGACUAUCACCCACUGCAUGCUCAGUUUCCCUCUGUCUGAGCUGGUUUCUCUCGUGGGGCUGUAUGAUGAAACAAGUCGCAACAUGUGUAGGAUGUGGAUCCAGGCAUCGCUGGUGCAUCUGAAAUAUGCAAUUGGCACCGGUCGGCCAUCAGUAGUUCCAUGCGAGCGUCUUCAUCAGUGGACAGAGAUUGUCAAGUACCCCGGGUUCGAAACGUUCGACCAAAUUAUCGCAGCAGAACUCAAACUCUAUAUUCACCUGUACGAAGCCAUCUAUCACACCGUCAAAGGAAACAACAUACUGAGAUGGGCACACUCUUGUGUAUCUCUCAUUUUGUCUCGAUGGGAACUGGCAAAGCAGAACCAGGCCAUCUCCCCCGACUCACUGAUGCGAAAUGAGCGUAUCAACGAGCUAACCGAGACGGUCAUUCGCCAUGCCCAGCUAGUACUGAGAGAGAUUCUUGUCCUCUGUACCUCCGAUACUGCAUUCGUUAGACCAACAUACGACUACCUCCUUACCGCAUAUGCGGGUGUCACGCUAGCAGAGUACUGCUCUAGUAUAUCAGAUGUGCAUGCAACAUAUACUUUGAUGGAAGAUGUCCGGACGCAGGCUAGAAUUCCAAGGAGCAUUGAGGGGGUAUUUAGUUGGGCGACGAAUGUUGUGCAGAAGAAGGCAAAGGACUUUUUGGAAUCGAAAGUGGCAGUACCCGACGACACCUUUUAUUCAUAUCCAGGGUCGGCGGCAGAUUGGGCUCCGUUUCGGUUUAUUGACUCGAUGCCCGCUUCUGAUUGGGAUGGUAUGAAUGGCUCUAUGCAACAGUUUUGA